AUCCAUCGAUCCAUCAGCUUCUUCUACGAUGUUAUUAUGAUGAUCCAGUUACGUAAAACAAGACGAAGAAGAAGCACUGAUUUUUUUAUUGGAUCCUAAACGAGUUCAGUCAACUACUUACUCCACAGUUGCUUUGCUGCUGCUGCUCUGGAACGAGUUAUGUAAUAAAAGUACAUAGUGCUGCUGGACAAGGGAAUGAAUGUUAUUGAAGACGAAGACGGAGAGGAGAGGAAGAAAGCUGGCUGGCUGAUGGGAUGGAUGGAUGGAUGCUGGGUCGGACGGAAUACGAGAAUCAUAACGACGACAUGCUUUGUAGCAAACAACACCGUCAAAUCCACACUUUUUUGUAAUGAUGCAGCAGAACAUCGUCAAAAAACCUUAUCUUAAUCCGGAUGGGUUCUUAUUAGUUCUUCUUCUCCGAUAAAGCUCGGAAUCAGACCAGAUAACAAAAUCGAUGACGAGAUUCAGCUGGUAAACAUGGAGCAAAUUUCUACCAAGCUUAUACUGGAUUGGAUACGAUAAGGAAAUUGGAACCCUUCAAUGGUUUAUGAACAAAUUAAUAAAUUUUGAGGUUGGAAUAAUGCAUUCACGUAGUAACAUGGUGGAAAAAGUCGUAAACAUUUCUGUUUAAUCGUGCCAAAUUUCAAAUAGUUCUCAAAUCCUGGUGAAUAGAUAGUCAUGAAAUUUACACUACUAAACCACUAGUAGGGUGACACUAGUGACGACAAAAAUUCAUUACAACACAGUACAAGGAAUGGCCAUGGAGUCGGAAUGGAUUGGUUGGUGUGACGAGACGGCAAAGGCUACGGCUGUCGACGUGGCCACACUUUUAAUGACCCACUACCCUGAAAUGGUGUCUACCUCGCCCACAGAUUCGGCGUCUCCUUCUUCUGCAAUUAUAGAUCCAACAACAAAUCCAUCCACGAACGGAGGAGUCUCACAGUCGCAAAAUCAAGCGAAUGAUCUCAUACGACGCUUCGUUGAAGUAUUUACACAUCAUUUGGAGUCUGAAAUUUUGCAAGGGGGUGCUAAUGACACUUAUUCUCUACCUGUACUGAAGGGACAUUGUCAGCGAAAUGGCCAUCACAACAAUAAUACUGCCACAAAUGGUGAAACCAGUCAUAGUCAUCAGAAGUCCCUCUCAACAAACAGUGAACAGUCUCAAAACCGUGAAGGGGAAGAUAUUUUGUCUGAUGCCGAGCCUUCCAUUCCCACGACGUCGCAAGCUCCUAGAAAACCGUUUUACAGAAGGUUGUCCUUCAAAGGUUUUCGUAAAGGUCGGUUCUUUCACAAACAAAUGUCAGACGAAGUUCAGCUCAGCACAGGGGAUCUAAGGUCUAAGCAGGAUAAACACUCGAAAGCCAAAUUAGCCAAAAUAGUUGUUGAAUCCAUGAAAGAAGGGACGGUUCAUUACUUAAGUGGAGAAAAUCUGGAUGGAACUCAAAAGUGGGAAAAAUGUCGUCUUUGUUUAGUCAAAACUGUUGGGGGGUACAUGUUGGAAUUUUACUCUCCUCCAAAGUCAGUCAAACCAAGAUCGGGGGUGUUUUGCUUCCUGAUAACGGAAGCUCGUGAGACUACAGCACUAGAAAUGCCAGACCGAGAAAACACUUUUGUUUUGAAGGCUGAAAACAAUAUGGAAUAUGUGAUUGAGGCAACUGACACUGAAGAUAUGAAGUCUUGGUUAACCACCAUCAAGUACUCGAUGAAAGCACACUUGGAUGCGGAAAGACAUGGGAGUCAGAGUCAAACUAUUUCCCAGUCUGGGGGAUCUCACGUGGGGGAGGGGGAGGAAGUCGGAGCCAAUCCACUCAAUGCGAGCUCUUCUUCAGGAGGAACCCCCAAUGCUCCUACACUUCCACCACGACUACUUCAGCAAUCUCGUGACAAUCCUGUUCGCUCAUCCAGCACAAAUAGCUUAAAUGGUGCAAGUUCCGAACCCCGAGUGGCAGCAGCAGGAGGUGCAAGCGGCAUAACGAAUGGAAUCACUGAAAAUGAUCAAGCCCCCGCUCGAGAUAUUUACUCCACACUUCAAGAAUAUCCUUGGUUUCACGGCACGCUAUCCAGGUCUGAGGCAGCACGGCUUGUGUUACAAGAAGACGCUGAUGGUCAUGGGACUUUUUUGGUUCGGCAAAGUGAAACCAGACUUGGAGAGUUUGUUCUAACGUUUAAUUUUCAAGGAAAAGCAAAGCACUUGCGAAUGACCCUGAGUCCCGAAGGGCAAUGUAGAGUACAACAUUUGUGGUUCCAGUCAGUGUUCGAUAUGCUUGAGCAUUUUCGAAUCCAACCAAUUCCUCUGGAGUCAGGGGGUACGUCUGAUGUCACGUUAACAGAAUUCGUUGUGGCUUUACCAUCCUUAAGGGGAUUGACUCAAUUGCAACAGCCGGGUGGAGACCGUUCUCGGCCUCCAAUGUUGCCCGACAUGCAGAUGCAAGUGACGACUCACAAUGGAUCUGUGCGAACAAGGACCGAGUCAAUGGAACGACUUCAACGUGAACAAGCGUCCGGUGGUACCAGCAGAGCUGUAGAAAACACAUACAGCUUUGUCUAACUCCCUCAAAAAUACUAUUCUAUAAAAUAUUAUAUUAUUUCCUCACGUUCUUUCCUUUUAAUACUUGAUAGGUAGGUAGAUAAAUACGUAUAUAUAUAUAUGUCGCUCAAUUAUAGAAGAAUACAUGUGAAAGACUUUACAGAGAGAUGUCAAAUGUUUGUUAUUUAUCAGAAUGAAGAGGCCAUUAUUAUUUUAUGUUAUAUACGAAAGCGAUUAAAAAGGAUAUUAUAAUUACUAUGUAUAAAUAUAUAUAUCGAGAUAGAGAGAGCUGGAACCUCACCCAUUUUUAUGCCAUGUAUAAUCCUAGCCCAGAAAUAUAUACGUGUAAAUAUUUGCAUUAUAUAUGUACAAGAACCCGACGAUACACAAUUAUUCAACAAUAAUGCUAUAUACCUUGUUAGGAGUAGGAAAGUAUUAUUUUUACGAAAUUAUGAGGCGUGGUGUACUCCACAAGUACGGAAUUUGUGAACAAACUUACUAAGUAUAUUGCAAACGUAGAAUUAUAUAUUCAACCAUUAUGCUUCCGAGUCGGCCUCACGGUCAUUUUCUCUUUACAAAGUUACUAAGUAGGGAGAUGGAGUUUAUGUAAUGAGAGUUGUUCAUUGUUUCUGAAACACCAUCAACUCUAUAUAUUAUAUUAUAUUCCUAAAUAUUAUUCAGAAAUGUAUGUUUUGUUUAAUAUUCCGAUCCAGUAAAAAAAGUGACAACGUAUAAGUAAACAACCAAAA